UCUUGCACUUGGCUCCCCAGGCUCUGGAGUCUCGCAAGUGAUGAUCACGUGUGUGAAAUUGUGAAUUUUCAAGUGGCUCGGGAGAUGACAUUUUCGAAAUUGUUUGGUGGGAGUGUGGAUGGAAAUGACACGACGCUGACAACGGUGAAUGGCAAUUUGGGUCCAAUUGAUCGCUUCUUCCGGACCCAUUAUCACCAUCACUCCCCUCAUCAAUUCUUUCCGCAUCAUCCACCAUCGUGGCAUUCAUCCUACGACCCAGUCCACUCCCAUCACGCCCCCAAUCAUGAUUACUCAGGUGGAGCUUUCUAUCAUCCUGGAAUCUAUGGCAUGUAUGGUUCCCAUCACCAAGGAUUCGGCCUCAAACUGGGUCACGGCAGCUACGACGACCACUCUCCAUAUGGGACAAGCGGUGGUACCGUUUACUACGACCAUGGUCCCCCACACUACUCCUCGGGGCGAAAGAGUGGUAAAGGCAGUGGAGCACUGUCUGCCUUAACGUUACUGGCAUUUCUCUUCUUCCUCAAUUUGCUUCAGAGCUGCCUCAAGGAGCACAUGGACGCCAUGAAUCCUACAGUGAUGGUGAUGACCGCGGGCUCAGGGCGAGAGCAGAUGGAGACCAUGGUCUUUGAGGGAGACCACGAUGGAGUGGAAUUCUCCGAGGGAAAUGCAACAAAUAUGGAAGAAUUUAGUGCUCAUGAGCAUUUCGUUGAGCUCCCAAGGCUCGUCAAGCAUCGUGAAAAUACCACAAAUUUAAACGUUUAUCUAAGGGAUUACUCAACAGGGGAUGAAAAUACAUAACGUAUAAGAGCUCUGUAAUAAAUUAAGUA